CUCAGCCCGUAGUAGUCAGAAAAAAAAAGCCCCCAGCGGUGGAUCUGCGGAUGUAAGUAAAAUGGAAAAAGAGGGCAAAAAAACUGUCAACUUAUUACCAAAUUACAAACAGAGGAAAACGAAAACACAAAAUUUCCCAUUCGGCUUCGCUUCCUCUUCUUCCUUCUUUUCAACGAGCCUAUCUAUCUUUUGCAUUGAAUUCUCCUGGUCUCCUUUUUCCUCAAGGGCGAGGGAAACAUCAAAGACACUGAGCCCUGAUCUAAACGCAUUCCGCUCCUCCCUUUGUUCAGGACAGCUCCGUCGUUCUUGGAACCUUCAUACUACCACCACUACUACUACUUACCAACCAACCUUCAAUCCCUCGAAUCCCAACCUGCCUCCUCCUCGACUCCUCUCCUCGACUCCUCCCUCUCUUUCUUUGUCUCCUUCUCCCGACCAGCCCGCUAAACCCGUUCGUGAGCUCGACCAUCAGACUAUGUGCUAGCGUCCUCCCUUCGUCCAUCCCGUUCGUUCCUUUCGAAGGGUCACAUCAAAACCGUCUCUUGUCUGAACCU